GGAUAACAGAGGCAGUGAACGGCGAGACAGAUCAGAGGCUGAAUACACACAAAGGGAAACCUACACUUAAUACAGCAAAAGGACAAGAGAAGAAGACACAAAGAACUGAACUUUUUAGGAGCUAUGAGCAUGUGCUUGGACGAUCUCACAAACCUGUAUAUUUACAAACGUCUUCAAUAGGAGCAAUUGGUUUCUUGGUGAUAUUCUCUCAUUGGGCAGUAUGGAUGGAUUAUGGUCUGCUAUGUUUAUCUUGCUAUGCAGAUUAUUGUAAUAACCUGAGGACAUAUCUGCUAUUUUGAUCCUUGUGUUGUGGCCCCUGGGGGCCUUUGAUGAUGACAUCAGUGUGGCCUUUGGUGUGGGUUAUAUGUGGACUGACUGUGUGGUUUCCACACAAUCGUACCGCCUCAUUGAGCCCCAUUCUGCUCAUGACCACAUCUGCUCCAUCCACGGAGGAGCAGUCAACAGAACCAGAACAUCAGACUGACCCUACAGAUCCAUCCAGCAACAACAACACAGUGUCAUUGAGCCCCGUUCUGCUAAUGACCACAUCUGCUCAAUCCAUGGUAGAGCAGUCAACAAAUCCAGAAAAUCAGACUGACCCUACAGAUCCAUCCAGCAACAACAACACAGUCCCAUUGAGCUCCAUUCAUCUCAUGACCACAUCUGCUCCAUCCACGGAGAAGCAGUCAAUAGAACCAGAACAUCAGACUGAUUCUACAGAUCCAUCCAGCAACAACAACACAGCCUCAUUGAGCCCCAUUCUGCUCAUAACCACAUCUGCUCCAUCCACGGAGGAGCAGUCAACAGAACCAGAACAUCAGACUGAUUCUACUGAUCCAUCCAGCAACAAAAACACAGGACGUAGGUGUAUGUCUCUGCUUCCCCCUCGACGGGGAUCAUACUAUGUGGAGCAUGGCACAGGGGUAUCUGUGGGCUCUAUGCUUGUGUUCUGGUGCAGGGAGGGUUACCAACUGGUUGGCCAUGAGAAAAUCACCUGUCUCCUGAAAGCAGGCACCCCUCGAUGGAGCAGCUACCUUCCAGUCUGUGAGAGCAUCCCUAAGCCAAAUGACCAGGGACUUCGCAUUGCUUUGUUGGUUUCUAUAGUCAGUGGGGUGGUCAUCUUGCUCAUGAGUGUGAUCUUCAUCUUCUGCUGUUGUCAAGAGCACAUCAGUAAAAAGAGGGAAAAGCAACGGACAGGCAGGAGCAGGAGAAGAGAAAAGCGGAGUACUAGAUCUUGUAGGAGCCCAUCCUGGUUGCAAAGAGAGCAGCUGGACUGGGAGGCAUUCCCCCCACCUAAACUUUUCAACCUGUCCCAGCGUCUCGACCGACCACUGCCUCCUGGUAGCCCUGUUUAUUCUGAGGUGGUCAGAGCCUAUGAGAACAGAGGGUAUGAGAGGAGUCAGGAGAGCCUGCUGAGAAGCCCCCAUACCACAUACCAAGCCAACAGCCAAAUCUACCCUGCCCUUGUUUUCCAGAGGGUCCAAACUGAGCCAAACCCCACCACUUCCACCAACAACCCUGUUUACGUACAAAUUUCUACUCCUCCAAAAAACAAGACUACACACGAUCCUUCUGUUACCCACUCAUAGACUCAAAGGGUAUGCAACCAUUAUUCUAUUUUCCCAUCAUCAGCUCUGAAUGUGGCAAAGACAACACUGAAAACACUUUAGAAUAGAAUGAUGAUAGAUACAGCCAAAUAGAUGGUGAGGAGAUUGAAAAGAAAUUUGUGACCAAGAGAAGCACUUUGAUAUUUCUGCAGGAAAGCUAAAGAUAUUUUAAUGUUUAAAUACAGUACAUUUCUUGUAUUGUAAAUAUUUUGGGGUGGGCCUAGUUAUUCUUGUCAGAUCAUUAAUUAAAUGUAAUCAUACUGUAAGAAGUUUUGAUGACAUUGUAAGCAAAUGAAUAUAACUACUAAUCAAAAUGUUUUGUUUUGCACAGUUCAGAGAUCUGCAUUAAAGCGACAGUUCACCCAAAAAAUGAAAAUGAUCUCAUCAUUUACUCACCCUCAUGCCAUCCCAGAUGUGUAUGACUUUCUUUCUUCUGUUGAACACUAACAAAGAUUUUUAGAAGAAUAUUUCAAAUCUGUAUGUCAGUACAAUGCAAGUGAAUAGUGACCAGAACUUUGAAACUCCAAAAAUUGCAUAAAGGCAGCAUAAAAGUAAUCCAUAUGACUCAAGUGGUUAAAUCAAUAUCUUCUGAAGUGAUAUGAUAGGUGUGGGUGAGAAGACUUUUUUUUUUACUAUAAAUCUCCAUUUUCACAUUCUUUCACAUUCUGAACGUGAAAGUGGAGAUUUUUUAGUAAAAAGCUAUUAAAUAUUAAUCUGUUUCUCACACAAAGUAAUUACAUUGCUUCAUAAGCCAUAUAUUAAACCACUGGAGUCAUAUGGAUUACUUUCAAGCAGUCUUAGUGAUUUCUGAAACUUGAAAGUUCUGGCCGCCAUUCAUUUGCAUUGUGAGGACCUACAAAGCUGAUAUAUUCUUCUAAAAAUCUUCAUUUGUGUUCAUCAGAAGAAAGAAAGUCAUAAACAUGGCAUUAGGGUGAGUAUAUGAUGAGAGAAUUUUCAUUUUUGGGUGAACUAUCACUUUGAGGUGGUCAUCUACCACCAUUUUUCAUUAAUGAUUUCUUGUAAAAACAGAAGAAUAUACUCUUGUUACAAUAUUCAUAAAGUAUCAAGCUUAACCAUUGUUAACUUAAAAUCUAACUGUAAAAUUUGCACUUUAAAUGCACUUAUUGCGCACUAAUUUGUAAUAUAUUGUUGUGUCCAUCUUUUUGAACGUGUCUCCCUUCAUUCAAUUAUGAGUAUUCUACACUAAAUAAAACAGCUUGUUUUUCUUAAGUGAAACCAGAUGCUCCUGUUGAUUUGGUUAGUAUUUGUUUCUAAACCAGAAAAGAAAGAAAAAAAAAUCCCUGAUUUUCAUUGGGUGGACACUUUGUACUUGAUCCAUAACAUGUAUUCAAAUAAUUUUACUUCAUUUACAUUGACACAACUGAACAAGGACUGAGAUAAAAGUAUGUAUUUUAGAAAAUAUAUGUAUCUAUCAAGAAGAGCGUGAAGAUACAGCAGACACAAUAUUUCUCUCACAUCACACGGUAGGUGUAUGUCUUAACACUAUCAGUAUUUUGUACUCAUUUGAAUUGUAUGUACUAAUUUUAAUAGCUAUGUAUGAACAUGAGCUAUGUUUUCCAUUAAAAAAAUUAUUAUGAGCAUAACAAUUUGAGUGAAAAUUGCAAAUGUUUGCACAAAACCUUUGUUUUAAUUGUUUAAAGA